CCCUCGGUCCGACAAAUUCCAGAGAUACCCUCCCCAUUUCUCGCGGCAGCCACGCCGUAGAUCUCCUCCUCGUCCCAGGUUUCCGGCGGUCUCGCCGGCGGCGUGAGCUCAAGCGAUGGAGCUCUGGAGCAAGCUGCGGAACCUGGACGCCUACCCGAAGGUGAACGAGGACUUCUACAGCCGCACCCUCUCCGGCGGUCUCAUCACCAUCCUCUCCUCCCUCGCCAUCCUCCUCCUCUUCUUCUCCGAGAUCCGGCUGUAUCUAUAUUCUGCUACAGAGAGUAAGCUCACUGUUGAUACCUCAAGAGGGGAAAGACUACAUAUCAAUUUUGAUGUUACAUUCCCAGCCCUUCCUUGCUCUCUAGUUGCUGUUGAUACAAUGGAUGUCAGUGGAGAGCAACAUUAUGAUAUAAAACAUGACAUAAUAAAGAAAAGAAUUGAUCAUCUUGGUAAUGUAAUUGAAUCAAGAAAAGAUGGAGUUGGUGCCCCUAAGAUUGAAAGACCGUUACAGAAGCAUGGCGGUAGGCUUGACCACAAUGAGGUUUACUGUGGAUCUUGUUAUGGUUCUGAGGAGUCAGAUGAUCAGUGUUGCAACUCCUGUGAAGAAGUUCGUGAUGCCUACCGGAAGAAAGGAUGGGCUCUAACCAAUGUAGAAUUAAUUGAUCAGUGCAAGAGAGAGGGCUUCGUACAAAGGUUAAAAGAUGAGCAAGGGGAAGGUUGUAACAUCCAUGGAUUUGUAAAUGUGAAUAAAGUAGCUGGCAACUUUCACUUCGCCCCUGGGAAAAGCUUGGAGCAGUCAUUCAACUUCCUGCAAGAUCUGUUGAACCUCCAACCUGAAUCUUACAAUAUAAGUCACAAGAUAAACAAACUGUCCUUUGGGGAAGAGUUCCCAGGUGUUGUCAAUCCUCUUGAUGGAGUUGUGUGGACACAGGAUAACUCCAAUGGGUUAACAGGGAUGUACCAGUAUUUUGUGAAGGUUGUUCCUACAAUCUACACGGAUAUUAGGGGACGGAAGAUUCACUCAAAUCAGUUUUCCGUAACGGAGCACUUCAGAGAGGCAAUUGGCUAUCCUAGGCCUCCACCUGGUGUAUAUUUCUUCUACGAAUUUUCACCAAUAAAGGUUGAUUUUACUGAAGAAAAUACCUCGCUCCUUCACUUCCUGACAAACAUAUGUGCUAUUGUUGGAGGUAUUUUCACAGUUGCUGGCAUCGUCGAUUCUUUCGUGUACCAUGGUCAUCGUGCCAUCAAGAAAAAGAUGGAGAUCGGAAAGCUUGGAUAAUUCCAAUUCUUAGCAUAUACUAGUCACUAGGACCAUAGUCAAAACUGAGUUAACUUGUGCUUGCACUGCCUCGAAAGGUUUGGCGAUGAGAACUGAGGAAUUUUGAUAAGCUGUAAUUCACAUUUGUAACCACUCAGACCUGCUAACUUCUUUGGACCUAGAGCUUCACGUUUCAGCGACUUCCUUCGUGGUGCAGAGAGGUCGGUACCUCACCACUCUUAUCUAAAGAUGUGUAAGCAGCUGCAUCACUGCCGACCGAUGUUUUGUCAUAUACUAUAUGUCAAUCCUGUUGCAACAUUCUCA